AUGCGUCUUCCCGUGUUGUCUCUCUUGUUUUGCGCUGGCCUUGCGCUCGCCCAGCACAAUCAAUACGCUGUGCCCACACCGGUGCCCAUUUUGAAGCAAAUAAACAAGCAUAAUGGAGAUGGAAGCUACAGCUACGGCUACGAGGCAGCGGACGGUUCGUACAAGAUCGAAUCGAAGUAUCCGACUGGCGAAGUGUAUGGAAAAUACGGUUUCGUCGACGAUACCGGAAGCGUUCGUGAGAUCGAAUACGGAGCAUCCAGACGCGGUUUCGAGCCAGUUGGUCCUGGAAUAAACGUGCCCCCGCCAACCCUGAGAGGCAACAGCAUCGGUGAGCCGAACGAACCCGUGGACGACGGCCAAUACAAAGAGGAUCCUUCCAUUUAUUAUACCGAUCCUCGGUACACAAACGGAGAACGCUACGAGCCGCUUCCUCGUCAACCCCCUGUUCAGAAUACACCGCGGCCAAUUCCUGCACCGAUCUACAACCCACCCAGGUAUCCCACGCAAGUGCAGUACCAGCAGCCGAAGCCGCAGUAUCAGCCAGAAUAUCGACCGCAGUACGGAUCUCAGUAUCAACCACAAUAUCAGGGCCAACAACAACGCUCCUCGUAUCCCGUCUCGUCGGUACAAAGCGGAAUUCAGGGUCGACCAGCGCCCAAUGUCGAUCCCAAUGCCGGGUUAGCCUCUUACACGGUUAAUUACAGGCGAUAA